AUGCAACCUGAUUUAGAGCAUAAAGGGUUUCUUAAAAAAAUGGAAAAAUAAAUCAAUAAUAAAUAAAAAUUAGUACCAGUCUUUGCUAAAAACCCAUUUAAACCUGCAGCUCGUUUAAUGUAUGGUUCUAAGAGAUAUACCAAUGUUAUAAAAUUCAAUAGUUGUUAAAAAUAUGAUAAUUUGAUUGACAAACAUAUUGAUUCUUAAGCUCGAAAUAAAAAUAAAUUGUUAUAAUAUGAAAUCAAAAAUCCUCAUUAGGAUGCAAUAAAAAAGAUUCUCUAAAAAUUAGAAUAGAGAACAUUUAAAAAGUAUUGCAAAAUUAUUAUUAAAGCUAGGAAUAUGAAACUGGAUUAUUUACAGAAAUUAUACAAAAUAGAAGAUUUAAAAAUCUAAUCUCAACUGAAUAAUAGACUAUUGAUUAAUCUACUAUUGAUUAUAGUAAAUGUUCCUUUAAAUUACCUCGAUUAAAUCAAUCUUAUGAUUUAGUAAAGUGUCAUAAUGAAUCUAGUGAUAGUAAAAUCUCAUAAUUGUUGAAUACUUGUCAUGA